UCUCUCAUUGUUACUGUGUGGUCUCAGUACAUUGUUCCCUGUCUUUGUCGUCGUUAACCGUGAUAUCUGUGUAUUGUUUCCCCCACGUCUCUCUCUCUCUCUCUCUCAUUAUGACUGUGUGAUCUCUUCCUGCUGUUUGUGACGUGCCCUGACGCGAGGAAGGGGGUGGCCAGUCAGUCAGUCAUUGAGUAAGUCUCCGUGUUUGUUGUGAAUGUGCCUCGGUGUUAUCUGGCCGUCCUCUGGACUUUAAUGAUGCGUGCGUGUCGGCGUUUGGAUGUCCCCCUGUCGAACAGAGUGCCAGGAGCUCCCGAAGCAUGAGGAAGGCAAAACGGGGUGGGGGCAAGAGGAACUAGUUGAACCAACACACAUACACAGAGAGAGAGAGAGAAAAAGAAGGGGGGGGGGCUGAAAACAAAGAGAGAGGAAAAGCAACAGCUCACUUUUGUUUUUGUUCUGAUUGCCAUGCUGUUGGUUUAGCGCUGCGAUGGCGGAUAGAGCGGGGCGGCAGCAGCAAUCCGGAGGAACGGCAGUAAGAGCAGGAACUGAAUCGGGAGCGGAGCCAGCGCGGCACUCCCGCCGGUUGCAGUACACUCACCCGCGGGCCACUUGCUGAACCUUUCUCCCUGUCUGCAGCGCCGCCUCGGAUCUCCUGCAAAAGGGCUGCAGCAGCAGCAACGGUAUGCACCAAGGCUGACUCGCUUUCUUUAACUGGGAUCUUUCUGUUCCUCAAGUAAUAAACACACACAUCCCGUGCUUUUUGUUAAAAACAACUACCCCCCCCAAAAAAAUACAAAAUCAGCGGAACAAGGGGCAGCAGUGGAUUCGAGAGAAACAUUGGGAACCUCAAUCUUUUGGGGGGGCUGGGGAAGAGAAGGAUUCAGAAGCGGAAGAAAGUGGCUCAGAAGUUUGUUAGCGACCGAUUUGAGAAGCCCCUACCUUUCCCCCCCUUCCUCCUGCCCCCAGGUCACCCCCAUGGGGGCGAAGCAGAGCAGCCCGGCUCCGAGCGGUCGCACCCGGGCUUACUCGGGCUCCGAUCUGCCCUCGCACACGGUCAGCAGCAGCAGCAGCCGCUCGGUUGGGGGAUCUGCCGCCGCCGCCGCCGCUUCAUCAUCAUCAUCGAGCGCCUCGGGCCACGGCUCAGUGGCCGGCUACGGGUUGGCCCCCACGUCCAGCGGCCGCUUCCACUUGGUCUCACCGCCGCCGCCGCCUCCUCCUCCUCCUCUUCCACCUCCAGCCGCCGGCGGUCCCAGGUCAGCGACUGGCGCCGGCAUCAGGAACCAGUCGGUCAACAUCCCCAACAGCGGCGGCACUUGCAGCUCGCAAGAGGAGUCGGAGGGCAGCACCCCGGAGGAAAGGACACCCGAGCGGCCGGGAGCACACAGCUCAGCUCCCCGCUUACUCAUCGGCUCGCUGCCCGCUCACCUGUCUCCUGACCUAUUCGGAGGUUUUAAGUGUCCUGUGUGCUCAAAGUUUGUUUCCACGGAUGAAAUGGAUUUGCACCUUGUCAUGUGUCUGACCAAACCAAGGGUGACUUAUAAUGAGGAUGUGCUAAGUAAAGAUGCUGGAGAAUGUGCAAUAUGCCUUGAAGAACUGCAGCAGGGAGAUACCAUUGCACGCUUGCCUUGUCUAUGCAUCUACCAUAAAGGAUGUAUAGAUUCUUGGUUUGAAGUCAAUCGGUCAUGUCCUGAGCACCCAUCAGAUUAACAGGUGAACAAAUGGACUGUUGCUGUUGCUAUAAGGUUUUCCUGUCACUUCUGUAAAUGGGACAGCUUGUUCAAAUAAACAGGGGCUGUGACUGAAUUCCCAAAGGCGAGGAGAUACUUAAAAAGAGUACGAUGAUCGUUGCUGCUUCCUUAGACUGUUGAAUAGGAAAGCUUACCUUACAGUUCUUUAUCAAUGAUGGCUACAGAUUCAAUGAUGCCACAAUCUUAACUCCUUCAGGGUUUUGCUUUCAAAUCCUCAUGGAUUGACUUUAUUGCCAUUUGGACAUAGUGUGCCACUCACUCACAUAUACAAUAUAUAUUAUAUAUCGAUAAAAUAUAUAAUAUAUAUGAAGGACAUGUGCAAAGAUAAAAUGUUUUUUCUUUAUGUAUACAAUCGAUGUUUAAUUUUAUGGUAAUUAGUUUGUGUCUUUCGACCCUUUUUGAUUUGAAAGCACACACUGAUUAAUUUGUUCAUGUUAUUAAUUAUUUUCUGCACAUUUCUUUUGCACUGCAACUGUGCAGCCCUAGCCAUUUCUGAGACAUGUGUGAUGGCUCAGCAUUUGAUAUUUGAAAAGAAAAUCUGGGAUAGGGUUGUUGAAACCCUGUUAUGUAACUGGAAUAAUACAUACACACACAGAUAAACACAAAGCAACUUCAUUGCAGAUAACAGUGAGUGAUGAUGUUCCAGUCCAGUUUUAAGAUGACACAUGGAAUAGCAGACUUCAACCUGGAUGAAUUUUAGUCUCAUCUUUCAUCAGCACUUUGCACGCAUCUGAAGAGAAGAGUUGUCACUGUGGACCAGGUGCCCUCAUCCUGAUCGUGCUUUGAUUUAAGACAACUCAAAUGAGCAAGCCUGUUCACCUCUGAAGACCUGUUUCAUAAGUGACCUUGCAAGGACUGUGAUCUGUGGGUUAACUUUCAUCUCUCGGGACCAGGUUUCGGAUUAAGCCCAGAAUGAUAAGAUUGACUCUCGUUUUUACAGUGGCAUUCUGGAUAUGGCACAUAGACCAAACUGCAGGAAGGGGUCUUGGCACGGCUCCUAAUGAGCGUGAGUUUGCAAAAUAAUAUUGACUGCAAUCCAGUACUCUUGCUCAUAGGAGGAUCCUGCUGGAAAUGCUGAUAUCUCAUUAGUAUAAUAAGGGAUCACUCUUCUGUGGUUGGAGUUUGGGCACAUUAUUGGAAAAACUACUUGACAUUAAAGAGUUCGAUGCUAACUGAGAGUGCCAAAAGCAGGAAGAUGUCCAAUUGUUCUCCAUCCAUUAGCCAAAAAGGAAAAAAAAUACAAAGGUGCACUUGCAUAUACAGCAGAAUCUUUCUUCAUUAUCUGGGAACCACAGAGUCUGCACAGUAAACAGAAGUCUGAACUGAGUAAUAAUUGUUAGCAACUGUUAAGGUUGCAAGAAACGUUGUAAACUUAGUUCUGCCUUUCGGGGUGACUAUGUCUCCACCUCUGGGAGGAAGAAGAAAUAUUAUCACAAAUAAAUCAACAAUUAAA